UUGAUGGCCAGCUGACAGAGAAAGAGUUUCUCUGCUUUAGCUAAAUGGAGAGACCAGUGGUGGUACUCAGCUCUACAGGAGCAAAGAAUUUGUUUUCACCAUGAAGAGAUUUUGGAGAAUUUCAGGAUGAACAUUUCUGUGUGCUUUGAAAAAUAUCCUGUUGUUGAACCAUAGGAGUGGCAGGUUGUAUGCAUCCUGCUAGAGCUUUAGGGACAUCUACCAUUGCUUAUCACUUUGCAUACCUGGCUUUAUCAUGCAGUCAACUUAAGCAAGUGGCUCGAUGGAUUCAUGCCUGAUGAUCUGGAGUAUGAGACCUCAGAUGAGAGCUUAUCGCUUUGUGGGCCACAAAGAUGCAGUGAUGUGUGUUCAGUUUUCACCUUCUGGUCACCUGGUAGCUUCAGGCUCUAGAGAUAAAACAGUCCGUUUAUGGGUUCCCAGUGUCAAAGGAGAAUCUACUGUCUUCAAGGCUCAUACGGCAACUGUAAGAAGUGUUCAUUUCUCCAGCGAUGGCCAGUCCUUAGUUACAGCUUCUGAUGACAAAACAGUCAAAGUGUGGACGGUUCACAGGCAGAAGUUUCUGUUCUCACUUAGUCAACACAUAAACUGGGUUCGCUGUGCCAGAUUCUCGCCUGAUGGACGAUUAAUAGUGUCAGCCAGUGAUGAUAAAACUGUCAAACUGUGGGAUAAAACCAGCAGAGAAUGUAUACACUCCUUCUGUGAGCAUGGAGGGUUUGUGAAUCAUGUGGAUUUUCAUCCCAGUGGUACAUGCAUUGCUGCGGCUGGUACAGAUUACACAGUGAAAGUGUGGGACGUUAGGAUGAAUAGACUUCUUCAACAUUAUCAAGUGCACAGUGCUGUGGUAAACAGUCUUUCCUUUCACCCCUCUGGAAACUAUCUGGUUACUGCUUCAAAUGAUUCAACUCUUAAAAUUCUGGACUUGCUAGAAGGAAGACUUCUGUAUACGCUUCAUGGUCACCAGGGGCCAGCCACCUGUGUAGCUUUUUCAAGAGCUGGAGACUUAUUUGCCUCCGGAGGUUCUGAUGAACAGGUGAUGGUGUGGAAGACUAACUUCGAUGCAGCAGAUUAUGGUGGUGUACUGAAAACACAGAAAUCUGGCACUACUGUGGAUGGGACCCAUCACACUCUGCAAUCAGAAAUGGAUUGUGGUGUUCAUCUUAAGAAAACAAAACCUCAGGAUUCUGGUAGGAACCAUGCACAGCAAGAGGAGGAGACCAGUCUGGCAAAUACCUUGGAGCAUAUUAUGGGACAGCUGGAUGUUCUGACUCAGACGGUUUCCAUCCUGGAGCAGAGAUUGACACUCACUGAAGACAAGCUGAAGGAAUGUCUUGAGAAUCAGCAAAAAAUCAUUCAGAACAAAAUGAACUGAUUUCUUGAGAGAAGAUGGGAGUUGAAGGUGUUGGGAGGUUUGAGGCUUUUUGUGUUCCUAGCAGACUGUGUGUGACUUUCUUUAACGAUUUUGAGCGCAAUCUGUUUUUCAGUUGGAAUGUACAGUUAUUGUAUCUGUAAAUAAGCUUUGUUACUUUGCUAAAAUAAAAGGAAUAUUUUAUUCAUAA